UGGCGUGGUGCUAUUUGAGGAAUCCCAAGGCUGAGUCGUUCCUCUACCCCCCUUCUUACUCGCUGAGGCAAACCAUUGUUUACAAACAAAAAGUUGAUAACUGGAGAAGAAAUAGAAGAGCUCGAGUGAUGAAUUAAAACUACGCCCUUUUUAUGAAUAGAAAAUUAAACAAUUUGUUUCAGCCGAAGCUUCAAGUUAGAAAACUCCCAGCAUUUAACUCCCUGAAAUUUAUCAUCUUUACUUAGAAGCGUAAUCAGAUAAUAUUUCAAAAUGUUUGGAAAAAGUAGAAGUCUUCUCGCCAGAUACACAUUUCUUUUUUCUGACACUUUUUCCUUCAGCUUUCUCUUGACAAGUGUGAUUUCCAUGUUCAUUUUCGAAGUAUUCAUAGUUCUUCCUAGUUUGGAGGAAGGUAUAUUACCCACAUUUUUUCACGUUACUCUCGGGACAUUUAUAUUCAUCAACAUCCUCAGCAACUUAGCCUUCAUAAUGUGGACUGAUUCUACGACAAGAAAGAUUAUUUCUCCCGCUGUCUUGAAACCAGGUUGGCUCUUCUGUGCUGGCUGUGAAGCAAAUUCACCAGUUCGUUCCUUUCAUUGCAGCAAGUGCAAUGUAUGUACCUUGAAGAGGGAUCAUCACUGUGCAUUUUCAAAGUGUUGCAUUGGUUUGAAAAACUUCAGAUUUUAUUUAUUAUUCCUGUUUUACUUAGCUAUCGGUGCUCUAUAUGCUGCCUCUUUCAACAUGCAUUUUAUAUGGGAUUUCUUGGGAGGUUUUUCUGUAUUUUCUUUAGCUGCACAUAUUUUACCAUUUAUAUUUUUUGUGUUUGGGUAUUUAAGUUUCAGAGUAUUCAUUUACACACUUUUGUCAGUGUUAUCUGUUGUUGGGUUCCUUUUUGUAUUUGGAUUGCUUUUAAUCCAUACUAGACAAAUGUUGCAAAAUCAAACUUCUUUUGAGAAAAAUCAGGGAAUUAAUCUCUAUGAUCUGGGUUGGAGAAAAAAUAUUGUUGAAAGUUUAGGUAUAAAGUGGUAUUUGACAUGGGUGUUUCCACUACUAAAGUCAGACCUGCCCAGUGACGGAAUAUCUUAUCCAACUAAUGAAAAAUCAAAUGGUGUGUCGGAAGUGAUAAAUUCAAAUAAAAAUGUAAGGCUACGUCAUUUGUAGUGGACUAUCUUAUCAAUGGAAAUAAAAUUGUAUUUCUGAAUUAUCAGUUUAAGGGCCUCGUUUUUAUUAUUAUGCGCAGUCUGGAUAAAAAAGUGAAUAAAAUAAAUCACAGUAAAUAAAAUAAAUCGAAGAAAAUAAAUUUAAGUAAAUGAAAUAAAUUUAAGUAAAUGA